AUGGACUACGAAGCUGAAAGGUCACGGGCAAUCAAGCAAUCGUUGGAAAGGAAUCCACAGGCGUUUCAGCCUAAAAUUGGAGUUGCGCCGAAGGGUUGCCACUGCAAGAAGUCGAGUUGUCUGAAGAACUAUUGCGAAUGUUAUGAGGCAAAAGUAGCCUGCACUGAUCGAUGCAAAUGUACAUCAUGCCGUAACACCGAAUCGGACAGAAUAGCCAAGGCUCAACUGGCAUCAGCGCGUGAAUCAUCGCGUGUAACAUCAGCUUCACUGCUAAGCGUGGCUUCUGGAUCAUGUAUCUCCACUACUGCGUCUGCAUCGAGAUUUUCCGAUGAAGAGUCGGAUUCAGAUGAAAGAAGUGAUCCAAAGACCAGACCAUGGUUCUAUCUACGCGAUGAAGUCAUUGAAGCUACGACCACUUGCUUAGUGGCGCAAGCAGAUGAAUUGGAAAACUCUGAUAGUGCCGAGGAAAUUUUGGAACACGGAAUUCUUCACGAAUUUGCCAACGCGAUACGGAAGAUUAUCGAACACUCACAAAUGGCUGGUUUGGACGUUGCUCAACAAGAUUUAUUUCAC